UUUGUUUUAACUUUUAAAAUUAACGAACCCGAGCAUUUUUUUUUAUUUUUUUUUAAAUGGAUCCUCCAAAAGAUUUUAUGACAAGUUCAUUACAUACAAAUAGUUCUAAAAAUAAUGAAUAUGAAGGACAAUUUACAUUCGAAAGUUUUCCAGAUACUGAUGGUGUUUCUGGGAUGAUGAGUGGAAAAGCAGAGAAAGAUGUCAUUACAACUCACACUUCUUUAUUUGAUAACAAUUUGACAAAUUCACUUUUAAAUAAAAAAGGAAUUAGUUGGUUGCUCGAGGUUGAAGACGACGAUGACGAAACAUUUGAUAAACCGUUACUAGAGGAAUUGGAUAUCGAUCUAAAAGAUAUAUUCUACAAAGUGAGAUGCAUUUUAUUUCCGCUACCACAACUUGGUUUUGAAAGAAAAGUUCUAAAGGAAAAUCCUGACUUUUGGGGACCAUUAAUAAUUGUACUUUGUUAUUCAUUGCUGUCUUUAUAUGGUCAAUUUAAAGUAGUCUCUUGGAUCAUAACCAUUUGGUUUUGUGGUUCAUUUGUGAUUUUUUUUCUUACACGUGCUCUUGGUGGCGAGGUUUCAUUUUCACAAUGUCUUGGAGUGAUUGGAUACUCUCUGUUACCUCUAAUAGUUACUGGACUUGCACUUCCUUUUCUACAUCAAUUGCCAGCAAUUUUUCCAAUAUUUUUCAAGGUUGCUGGCAUCGUAUGGUCGUCGUAUAGUGCAGGAUCGUUGCUCGUACCAGAAACACUUUAUACCAAACGUUUAUUAUUGCUAUAUCCAAUCUUUCUUCUCUAUGUGUAUUUUUUCUCAUUGUAUACUGGCGCUUAGAAUAAUCAAAAACUUAACGUUCUGCAAAACAAGUAUUGUUUGCAUCUCGAUUAGAUAACUCUUUUUUCCCAAAUACGGUAUUAAGAUGAUUAGUUGGUGUUUGUAAAUGAAGAUUACAAAUAAUUAACGAAUGCUCUUUACUAUGAACCAAAUAUGUUUUAUGACAUAUUCGGUUCAUAGUUAAAAUAGUUUCUCAUUUAGAAAUACAACUAAACCUUUAUUGCUUGUCCAAUCAAAAAGGAUGUCUUAUCUAUUUACUUACUGCGAAGAAUAUAAUUUAUUGAUGAUCUUUUGAAACUUGGAUACAACAGAACGUUUUUGAAAAUACAACAGGACGUUUUUUUACUGGUGUUGUCAACAAAAGGUUGUGACGUUUGCGGCUGCAUAAUCUUAAUGGUUUAUUUUUUUAAAUCUAACAUAUUCGUUUUGUAAAAUAAUUUAUUUAACAUAGUGUUGAGAAUAAAUAAGUAAAUUUUUUUUU